AUGUUGGCUCUCUGCAAGUGCGAAGAAGGUGGCCAGGACUUCUCCCCCGUGGAGAUAGUUGUGGUUCAGCCGACCCUGCAAGAUUCUCUGGACGUUCGUGUGAAGGCGAAGGAUGUGGACUCAGAUUCCGAGGGCGAAGACUGCAAAUUUGACUUGAACGAGCUCGUGGUAGCCCCAGGCUCCUACAAGGUCGUCUCCACAGCAACCCUCCAUGAGCCGGCCUUGAGGACGGGCAGCGUCUGGUAUCUUCAAGCUCAGCCUGGCGACGAGUCGGCCUUGCAGCGUGUGGUGCAGGUGACUUUGUCCAUCCACAUCAAUGGCAUUAGCAUCAGACAUGUUGACGAGUGCUCAACGACCACCCUUGCAUGGUCACCCUUCAGCCUCGUACAAGCUUGUCGGCUUCACAGUGCGGAGGCUGAUGAGUCCCUUCCUGGGUCACGUCUCUUCAAGAUCGUGGAUUUCCACAACGCCAAAUCGCUGCUGUUUGCUGUGUCGGGACCCGACUGCGAACAAGAGCGGGCGAAAUGGGUCGCAGCAGCAGCUCGAGCCUUGCGCAUGUUGACCGUGUCGCUGUUUCCGGUUCACAGACUGGUCACACAGCCUGUGCCUGGCCUGGAGUGGACAAAAACACGUCUGCUGGCCGGCUACAUGUUGCUCUUCGAUCGGAGUGGCCUCACAACCGUGUUUUGCGAGCUCCAUGCGCCAGUCGAAGAUACGGCAGGCUUCAUCGCGUACGAGGACCAUUCCUGCUCUGCAUUGGUUGCCAGACUUACCAUUGAUUCAAUUUGCCACAUCAGCGAGCGGCUUGGGGUGGACUGCAGUUGUUUCACUUUGAACGACCAGAACUUUGCAGCCAGAAGUGUUGCAGAGAAGAGUUUGUGGUUGCGAGCAAUCAGUAAUGUGAAGGUGAAGCUCCGACACGCCAUCAUGCCCACCAGCAAUCUGGAGAUGAGGCACUACCGUGCUGCUAUUGCCGAGCAAGCUGCUAAGCUACCAAAUCUGAUGCUCUCAAAAGAGCUUCAAGCGAAGGGACCUUUUCUACGAAGGUGCCCAGGGUGUCCGGGCUGGUCGGAUAGCAAGCCACCCGCCGAUGACCCUCGAGACACGAUGGAUGUGGAGGCUGCGUCGCAGGCUUCCUUUCCGGCACGACAGGUUGACUCCUCGAAUCCCGAGACUCCUGUCACAUCAAUUUACAUCUGA